AUGGUAAAUGUUUUAUUAGCGAAGACGUACAAAACUUUGCUGCUAGUAAAAAUAUUAAUUGGAAAUUUAAUAUUGAGUCUGCCCCUUGGCAAGGAAGUUCUGGGCAAUAGUCGCCUGAAGUAUAACGAACUUUUAACGAUACUAACUGAAAUUGAAUUUAUACUAAAUAACAGACCAUUAACGUACAUAUAUGAAGAACCAUUAACACCUAAUCAUCUUAUGUAUGGAAGAAAAUUAAACACGAAAGCAGAUGAGAACAACUUAAUACCUGAAGAUCUCUCGGCUGAUAUGAGUGUCAAACGGAAAGAAAACGUAAACCGAUUACUGACACACUUUUGGAAUAGAUGGCGUGACGAAUACGUCACAGAAUUACGAGAAUUCCACAAAUUGAAGAAUAGUCGAUUCAAUAAAUGUUUAAUUCCAAACGUUGACGACGUAGUUGUUGUUGCUGAUGAUAGAAUGCCACGAUCACAAUGGCGAAUUGGUCGAAUAAAAGAAACGUUGAAGGGAAAAGAUGGAAAAAUACGUGCAGCGAUAGUACAAUGCAAAACUGAUCAAGACAGACGAUCAAAUUUACGGCGACCGAUCAAUAAAUUGAUACAGUUUGAACAGUGUAUUAUUCCAAACGAUGAAUCAACAGAACCAGCAAUACAAUUUAUUGAUGAACAAUCAGUUACACAAAACGAUCAGUUAGCUGAAUCAAAGAUAACAUUUGUUGAUGAAAAGGACCUUGAGAUUGUAAACAUUUGA